GGCCUGCUCUUCGAGCUCGGGGCGCCGGCCGCGCCAGCGCCGCGGGGGGCCCACGCCGAGUGGGCGAGUGCGGCGUGCGGGGACAGCCCUUCCAGUGGACGGCGAGUCCCUUCUCAGCAGCGGCGGCGCGCUCCCAGCGGAGGACGGUGGCUGGAGCACCCGCGAAGCGUGUCGCGGGAGCUGGUCCGCGAGGCCGAGGAGUGCGCAGCCCUGCGGCAGACCUGCGUGCACACGCGCCUCACCGUCGUGUACGUCGGCUUCGCCAGCGGCUGCCCUGUGAGCCACACGAUGGACAUGCACUGGUUGAAACGGUGCUACGGGGGCUGCUUGGUUCUGGCCUACAUGGAGUACUGCCACUCCCCCGAGGCGGCGGCGAUGGCGCCCUGCUCUGGGCUGCUGAGCUGCAGAGGAGAGCAGUGCGUGGGGCGGUGCGGGCCCCACCACCUCUUCACGCUGCUCGAGGUCGACGGAGGGUACUCCCACGGCAGCGUGGAGCUCUGCAUCGAGGUCGUGGGUAACACGGUGGAGAUGAUGCUGAUGCACGGCGCACGCCGCGCAGACAUGCAGGAUUUUGCUGCCGCGUUUCGGGCCACUGGCCGGCCUCGGCGGUCGUGCGCCCUGGCCUCUGCGGAGAGCAUCGCGCUCGGCUGGGACCUGAAGAUUGCCGACCUCUGCGACUGGAUGUGCUUCCUGCUCGACGCGCCGGGCACGGCGCUGGGCCCCGAGCAGCUCUGGGACUUCCUGGGGCACGGCCCCGCGCGGCGGCCGCCGCCAGCACGCCCGGUGCCGCAGGCUGGCCCCGGGCAGCUAGCACACCCGGUGCCGCCGGCACUCCCUGCAGACGACGACGGUGACGCCGUGUUCGCGGAGUCUCCACCCCUGGCACCUCCAGAGCGGUCGGCGCCGUCGCGGACUGCAGACCAGGCCAUGGUUCGCAGGGCCAUGAUGGAGGCCGUGAGGCAGGACGGCCGGGCGCUGGAGUUUGUGGGCGAGGAGCUGCAGGCGGACCGCGAGAUCGUGCUGUCCGCGGUCGCCCUGGACGGGCGGGCCGUCCAGUUCGCCUCUCCGGACCUCCGGGCGGACCGCCGCGUGGCGCUGGCCGCGGUGCUGCAGGACUGGCGCGCGCUGGAGCACUUGGACGACCGGCUGCGGGCCUCGCGCGAGGUCGUCGGCGCGGCGGUGGCCCAGAGCGGGCGGGCCAUGCGGUACGCGCUCGGGGACCUCUGCGCCGAUCGCGGCUUCGCGCUUGAGGCCGCGUCGCGCGACGGGCUCGCCCUGGAGCACCUGGCCCCCAGCCUGAAGGCGGACGCCGAGGUCGUGACUGUGGCGGUCAGCCAGUGCGGCCGGGCCCUGCAGUUCGCGGAGGCAGGGCUGCGAGCGGACCCCGGAGUCGUCCUGGCAGCGGUGGCGCAGGACUGGCACGCGUUUGGUCACGCGGCGCCGUCUUUGCGUGCCGAUCGCAGCUUCGUGCUUCGGGCCGUGGGGCUUCACUGGGCCUGCUUCCAGUACGCGGCGCUGGAGGUCCGGGCAGACGGCGGUGCGGUCACGCAGGCGUUGGACUGCGACUGGCGUGUGCUGCAGCACUCCGCGGCAGAGGUGAGGGCGGACCGCGCCGUGGUCCUCGCGGCCGUGCGCAAGAGCGGCUGGGCCCUGGAGUUCGCGGCGGAGGAGCUCAAGAAAGACAUGGAGGUGGUGGCCGCCGCUGUCGGCCAGGACUGGCGCGCGCUGGGCAGCGCCGCCAUGGAGCUGCGGGCCGACCGCCAGCUGGUCCUCAGCGCGGUCUCGCAGUGCGGCCGCGCCCUGCAGUUCGCAGCCCCAGAGCUCCGCUCCGACUGCGAGGUCGUCGCGGCGGCAGUGCGCCAGAGCGAGCUCGCGCUGCAGUAUGCGUCGGUGCCCUCGCUGCCGCAGCUGGCCGCCGCCCCCGUGCCAGCCGACGGGGCCGCAGAAGCCGAGGCCGGGGUCGGCGAGGCGUGCCUUGCUGCCAGCGGCUGA